CAAAAUCAUGCGCUCGUAACCUUGUGCUGCAGGAGAGUUGUCAGAUGCGCUGUGGGAAGCACAGACACAUAAACGUGUUGACAGGUUGUUGAGGCUGUGUUUGUUUGUUUUGUUUUUUUGGUAUUCUGUCGUCAGGAGAGUCAUGAGCAAAUAUAUUCUACCAGCGUCUGUGUUUGGGAGCGUGUUUGGAAUCGCUGUGCUGCUGAAGAACCAUGUGACGGGUGGCCGGUGUCCCAGUAAGGCGACCAUUAAAGGGAAGACCGUGGUCAUAACAGGAGCCAACACGGGUAUCGGGAAAGCGACGGCCCGAGAACUGGCCAAGAGAGGGGGUCGCAUCAUCAUGGGAUGUCGGGACAUGGAGAAGUGCGAGGAGGCUGCGAAGGACAUUCGAGGGGAGACCCUGAAUCCUCACGUUUACGCGUGUCGCCUCGACCUGGCCUCCAUGAAGUCCAUCCGAGAGUUUGCGCAGAGAAUCAAACAAGAGGAGCAGCGUGUGGAUGUACUGAUAAACAACGCAGCGGUCAUGAGAUGUCCGGCGUGGAAGACGGAAGACGGCUUCGACAUGCAGUUUGGAGUCAACCACUUAGGCCACUUCUUGUUGACAAAUCUUCUGCUGGAUAAGUUGAAAGAGUCCGCCCCCAGCAGAGUGAUCAACCUGGCCUCACUCGCCCACAUCAUUGGGAAGAUGGACUUCGAGGACCUGAACUGGGAGAAGAAGAAGUUUGAUACCAAGCAGGCGUACUGUCAGAGCAAGCUUGCCAACGUUCUGUUCACGAGGGAGCUCGCCAAGCGAUUACAAGGCACGGGAGUCACAGUGAAUUCUGUGCACCCAGGCAUUGUUGCCACGGAGCUCGGGAGGCACACGGGUCUGCACCAAUCACCGUUCUCGAGCUCAGUGCUCAGUCCCUUUUUCAGCCUGUUAGUGAAGAGCCCUGAGCUGGGCGCCCAGCCCAGCGUCUACCUGGCCGUGUCUGAGGAGAUGGAGGGGGUGACGGGGAGGUACUACGAUGUGAUGACAGAAAAGGAACCAGCGCCACAGUCCCUGGAUGAGGAGGCCGCCCGCAGGCUGUGGGAGGUCAGCAGCAGUCUGGUGUGUCUGGAGGAGGAGGGACAGUCGGUCAAGUCAGACCCACCAGCAGAAGGCCAGGACAAAGCUGCACACACUGACCCAGGACAGGGCCCGGGACCAGCCAUCAGUGCUGUUGGGCUAUAGGUCUGUGUGGCUCCAGGGCCAGCAGAUGAGAAUGACCUUUAUAUCUAGAGCUGUGCCGGACUCACUGGAACAUUUUUCUGUCCGAGUCUGUGAUUCUGCUGGUCUGCGUAACGACAGUCUUUUGUACGUGCCUCUACGCUCCUGCAUCAGGACAUUUUCUUUAAAACAUGUGUAACAAGCAGCCAUUGCCAAUUGACUCUUGACUCUUUUAUUAAAGAGAGACUAUGUAACAUUUGAAAGAAAUAAUAGCACUUUCCUUCUCUUACAAAUGAAAAGGUUAGUUCAACUUGCUCUCUUAAACACUCAGGGGUUUCGCUGAUAUGGCCUUAUUUGGUCUGUUAUGACCAGUAGCUUAUGGUGGCUCCUGUUAGCAAACAUACGGUGUUACUGACACUGAGGAGCGGGUCCAUCUGUGGUCUCUUGCAGGUUUUUAAAGGAGACAUUCUCAUUUUCAGGGUCAUUGGAGGUUUACACAGUCAAGUGCUCCAAAACACAUUAUCAGUUUUCUCAAACUGUCCAGUGCUCCAGCUCUGUGAUCCCCUCUGUCUGAAACACUCUGUUUUAGCCCCUGUCUCUUUAAGGACCGCCCACCCGAAUUAUGCUAAUGCAUGACAUGGUGAAGUAGUGUGAUGCCACAAAAUCACAGAAUUAAAGGCUGGACUACUGACGAGGCGUUUCAGGAGCAGUGUUUUCUGUGGGAGAGGGGAGCUUCUAUUAGUGCGCUCUUUGACCUUUUUAACUUUCAAGAUCUUUUACAUGCACAAGAACCUUUUAUAAAACACCGAAUGAAAGGAAGAAAGCAAAAAAAGCAUAAAAGGUCUCCUUUAAAAUGAACAGUCCCACUCUCUUGGUGUUAGUAAAGGCAUUUACGUGGGUUGCAUUGCUUAUGCUCUCCCCUCCCCACACACACCAGAAGUUCUGACAGUGAGAGCAUGAAGAGUGGCCAAAGUGUUUGCUUGGAAGAUAUGGAGGUGGAAGGGGUGGAAGCGUGCGCCUUUUUUUAGUAUUAUUAAACCUUAUUUUAGAGGCACGCUCUGCACGAUUUGUGGGUUGCUGUUUGUGGAAAAAAAAAACACUAUUCAAAGUUGGCACCGACACCCCGCCUCAGAGACGGAGACGGGGAGAGACAGAACAGCAGUGGUCCAACGAGCUACAACGUGAAUGAAGAGAGGGAGCAGCGGCAGUGCGAACAAAGCAGUGAAUCAAACAGUUAUGUUCUGAUUGUGUCACAGCGGUUAUGUUAUCUAAAGCACAAAAACAAUCGUGUGGGAGCGUGCCGCACUGCCAGAUUUUGUGUGGAACAUGCUUCGGCUGUGUGCUACCACUGGCCAGCACUGUGUCCCUCAGACCUACAGAUCUGUUGCUCUGGAGCUACAGAGGAGAGACACAUUCAGCAGGAGGCUUUAGUCAUCAUGCAAACACAGAUGUGGUGUGGAAAAAAAAUUCAGUAAGGCUUUUGACUCUAAAACACACACAUCUUAACAAAAAUGUAUUUUUUUUUAUCUGAAUGCAUAAGGAAGACUACUGGUGAGCUAAAUAUUGAUAUAAAAACCUCAAGAACAAAAAAAAAACAAAAAACAUGGACCUGCCCUUUAAUGAGUCAGUUUGUUCAUUUUGUUGGCUUCAUGACUCUUCUCUUCUUGUGCCAACUUGUGCCAUUUAAACAUUUACCAGAAAAAGUGUUUUGUAGUCUUACUGUAAAUCGUUUGAGUUGAAUUGCAACACACUUAAAUAAAAAGACAUGAAUUGAGAUGUAUACAGUGGGUGGGCUUGGAGAAUAAAAGAGAACAUAAAUUUAAAAAAUCCCCCCCCCAAAAAAAAAAAUCAAUGUGAUCUUUUUCAUCUGAAAAACAAAACUCACCAGCUGUAUGUCCACAAUGUAGUUACUAGUGUUUCACUUGCUAAUUCACACAGACACAGCAGAGAGAUGAGAGAUUUGAGUGGUACACAGAGGGAGUUCUUAUGCAGCUCUGCUGUAGGUUCACAUCCAGAGUAAAGCAAACGGUUUUAUGUUUAGGAUUAACAGGUUUUAUAAAAAUGACAGCAGAGAGCGCCAUCUGGCUGCCAAAUAGCAACAAAAUAUAGAAUGUAGUAGCAUGUGCAUGUGUUUGCAUUUCAUUUCACAGAUGUGUACAUUACUGCUGGCAUUUUAUUUUGGUAGCAGUUGUAUUUAUUGAUUUGAUAUAUUUGAAUGUGUGUGCUUUUUUAUCCUGGGAGACUUGAGCUUUAGUUUAUUUAAACUUGCAAUAAAAAUCAGUUUGCAUCACA